AUGACGAACUACCAAUCCCGGUAAUAUUCUUGUCGGCAUUGUCGGUGUAUGUGUGUAAAAAUGGCGACUCUAUAUCGAUAUAUAAGACAAUUUGGAAAAAGUUUAAUGAUAUCCGAACCUAAUCGAAAUAUAUCACUGUCUGCAACGGCACGUUUAAGAGAAAUAAUCGAGAAGAAAGAAGAUAAUGUUUUAACCAUCCAAGGUCAUUACGUACCUCACAAGAAGGAACACCUACAAUUGAAAUUGAAAUCCAAUGCGUGUCCCCUUUGUGCCACAAAACUUGACGUUAAGCACACGGAUGUUCUUAUACUAAGUCAAUUCCUGCGAUCAGAUGGCUGUAUACUACCACGUAGAAUAACAGGUUUAUGCGAUGUGCAACAAAAAAGGAUUUCUGUUCUGGUAGCUAUGGCUCAGAAAGCAGGCUUAAUGCCAAACUUAGCCCCCAAAUGGAGCCGAAAGAAUCCUAAACGUAGACGAGACUGGAAAAAAUUUAAUACAUAUUUCGAUGAAGACACUAUCCGAUAUAAAUAUUGGAAAUAAUAAAUAUAUAAAGCACAAAAUUGUAUAAAUAACUUUUCUAGUUUAAUUAUUAUGUGGAUGAAACAAUAUUUUCGAAUUCAGAAAAAUAAGAAUAUUGCUAUGAAGUAGAUGCUGCUACCCGUUAAGAGAUAUAAUGUUACUGAAUUUUUUUGAAGUUAUUGUGUGUGAAUUAAAUUGAUUGAUCCUCAAAA